UAAUUCUGAAGCUGCCGCAAGAGGAGCAUGAUGAAGCAAGAUGACCGACAGUGACCCAUAGAUUGUAUAAAGACAGUGACCUCAGUCAAACGUCCUAGCAGUUGUUGUCCCAUUAUCCACAUCGACCAAACAUCAUUAUUUUUUAUCGUCGUGAUAGAUCUUUACCAAAUAGCCUGACAUUCUUUUGAAGAAACAUCGCCGAGGAAAGCGGACUGAUUUCGCCUUUCUGAGACUGCCCGCUAGUGCUUUCCCUGCGCAAAAAAAAAUGGAUAAUGGCAAAGCAUCGGAUCAGAAAAGAACAGGCGCUUGCCAAGAGAAUGGUUUGACAAAUGGAUUCAAGCCUACACAAACUGACAACGGGAGCUGCAAUGUUUUAGGUUCAAACGGAACCAGUAGCAGUGGUAGUGGCGGGUGUAGUAGUAGUAGUAGUAGUAGUAGUAGUAGUAGUGGUGGUGGUUGUAGCCAUAAUGGAAUUGAAAAUGUCCACCAUCUUCAGGAGGAUGCCCAUAAUAAUGGGUCGCCUCCAAAGCGGUGCAGACUCAGGAGAAGAAUGGAUUCUGGCAAAAAGAACCGACCGCCCUUCCCCUGGUUUGGGAUGGACAUCGGCGGCACCCUGGUGAAGCUGGUUUACUUUGAGCCUAAGGACAUCACGGCAGAGGAGGAGCAAGAGGAGGUGGAGAGCCUGAAGAGCAUCCGCCACUACCUGACCUCCAAUGUGGCCUACGGCGACACAGGCAUCCGCGAUGUCCACCUAGAGCUGAAAAACCUGACUAUGUGCGGCCGGAAGGGCAACCUGCACUUCAUCCGCUUCCCCACCCAAGACAUGCUGGGCUUCAUCCAGAUGGGCAGAGACAAGAACUUCUCCAGCCUGCACACCACACUCUGUGCCACCGGCGGAGGGGCGUACAAGUUUGAGGACGACUUUAGGACGAUCGCCAACCUAGAGCUACAGAAGCUAGAUGAACUGGACUGUCUCAUCCAUGGUCUUCUCUAUGUGGACUCAGUGGGGUUCAAUGGCCAUCCAAAGUGCUACUUUUUCGAGAACCCCUCUGAUCCAGAGAGUGAGAACUGUGUCAAGAGAGCGUGUUGCCUUGACAACCCCUUCCCCAUGUUGUUGGUAAACAUUGGCUCAGGGGUCAGCGUCCUGGCAGUCUAUUCGAAGGACAACUACAAACGUGUCACAGGAACCAGUUUGGGAGGUGGUACUUUCCUAGGCCUGUGCUGCUUGCUGACUGGCUGCGAGACUUUCGAGGAGGCCCUGGAAAUGGCAGCGAAGGGGGACAGCAGCAACGUGGACAAACUGGUGAAGGACAUCUACGGAGGAGACUAUGAACGCUUCGGUCUCCAGGGGUCUGCAGUUGCAUCUAGUUUUGGUCAUAUGAUGAGCAAGGAGAAGCGUGUCAGCAUCAGUAAGGAGGACCUAGCCCGAGCCACUCUCGUCACCAUCACCAACAACAUUGGUUCUAUUGCUCGUAUGUGUGCGGUGAAUGAGAAAAUUGAAAGAGUGGUGUUUGUUGGGAAUUUCCUGAGAAUCAAUACUGUGUCAACGAAGCUGCUUGCGUACGCCAUGGACUUUUGGUCCAAAGGACAAUUAAAAGCUCUCUUCUUAGAGCAUGAGGGUUAUUUCGGGGCCGUCGGUGCCUUCCUGGAACUACUGAGGAUAACAGAUGACCUUUGAGACAGAAACCCUAACUCUCACCACAAGACACUGCUACUCUACGGUUUUGGAAAAGCUACUGACCGUACGAAAAGGGGAAAAUACAUUUGAAUAAUUUAACUGUUUUAAGAGGUUCUACUAAUUAUCCUCCUCCUUGUCUGCUGAUGUUUUAGAAAUUAGAUUUUUAAUAUUAUGAAUGCAGGCUGGAGGAGAUGAGGUUGGUGUUUUAUUUGCCACUGAAAAGCAAACCUGGGUACUUAUUGUUUAUAAAAACCCUAACUGUAUAUUGAAUGUGUGAUUAAGCCAAACGCUACUGAUCCCUGAUCCUUCGUGUGUUUUUGCUUUUGUUUACUUUUUUUGUGAUCUGAGACCCCCCCCCCCAAAAUAUAUUUUUGGUCCCUUACUUGUUCAAUUGAAAUUGUAUAAAGUACUUACAAGAUGUAAGUAGAUACAUUGAUCUUUAAAGCAUUAGCUUACAACUAGCUUUUGCACUUUUUUCUAAUCAAUCGUCCUAUCCCAAUGUUCUGUGAUAUGAUUUGAGAUAUAAUCAAAUAUAUUACCCUACCGAAUAUGUGAAUCGUAAGCAGUUACUCUUAUCAACCCAUUCUGUCAACCCGUCAUCUGUGGAUUUGCCAAUUUGUGGAAUAUGGACCAUUAAGCAAUAGCUAAAUUUGACUGAUAAUGUUGCGGUUUGAUUUUGCGUAAUAAUACGCUGCAAUACCUGGCAGUAGAAUGACCAGUGCCCAAAAUCCUACCUCUAUAUUCACUUGAAUCCAGUAUUAUGUAUAUUCUUUCCUGUCCCAUGCCUUAUAAUUCCAUUGCUGUUUUACUGAAACAGUUAACUUUGGAACCAAGCCUUCAGUACUAAAUUAUCCUUAAAAACUUCACAAAAUAGACCCUGUCUGUGACUCCACUUUCCAGGGGAGUUGGGAUAUGCAGAAAAACACAUUUUCAAUUCACACAUGCGUAUUAAUACACACAUGCACGUGUGUGAAAUAGGACAAAUAUAAGCACCCACCUAUUAUUAUUACAUGUUCCUCAGCAAAGCCAAAUCACUGACUCACUAAGCAGUGCUACGCAAAGUGUCCAUUGUGAGUCAUGAGAAACCUCUACGUGAAGAGACUUUAAAGAUAUUUACUUACUACAGUUGUUUUCAUUGUCAUCAAAGAUGGGGACCAUUUAUGCCUGCCUUCCUACCUGUAAUAAUCAGUAUGUGCUUUAUGAUAGUAAUUUCAUAUUUGUUUUGGAUGUACUGUGUUGAGUACUCUAGUCGAAAGGAGAUGUGACUCUCCUACUGGAUCUCUUGGUUAAAUUUCAUGACGGCAUUUUGGUUUCAAGUGAAAAUGCAUAGCUGGCCUGUGAACCGCUGUGAGCUGCAUACACUUCCUGCCCACUUCAGAGGGUCCCACGACCAACCUCCUCAUCCAAACAAUACACCCAUACUGCAUCUGUAUUGGCACCCUAUUCCCUAUAGUGCGAUACUUUGGAACAGAUCACACUUUUCCAUAUAUAAUUCACAAGUGGUGAUUUUAGCAUGUAAAUCUUGGUGGGGAAAACUCCCCCACAAUUUUUUUUAGAUGCAUGCCAGCAAAGCCACUACACUACAC